UGUGCAGUAGCUAAAAGACUGAUGCCUUGCUCUUAUCUCGGGCUGCAGAAGUGUGCUGCGCCACGCCUCAGAUGUGAUGCAACAGACUUACAGCCUGCUGGCUGAUGUUGACAUAGGUAAUUAUUACUGAGGCUCUAACUCGCAUGUGUCUCGUUGCUGGAGCUUCAUCCUGGGAAAAGAAAUAACCUGUGAAUAAAAAUGUCCAGAGGCGAGAUCAUCGUUUUCUUUCUAUUUUUCAUGCCUGACUUUUCACUGGCUGAAACCCAACCAUGUGAAAAGGCGACUGACUGUCCCAAAGAGAACCAGGCAGUAUUUAGCUCAGCUACAGAAAUCCCACGCUCUCUCAGACCUAGAGUGACAGAAGUCUUUUUUUUGGAUAGCGACAUUACAACAAUACCAAAAGGAGCCUUUGCUGAAAACCCACAGCUUGAAAAGGUGGAGUUCAUAAACAGUAACAUAUCAUCCAUCGAGCUGGGAGCGUUCGAGGGACUGAAAAACCUGAAAAAUAUUGAGGUCUCCGGCAGCGAAUUAACUUCACUCCCAGUAGGUGUCUUUAACGACCUCAGCAACAUGGAGGAACUCGUACUCAAGUCUAACAAGCUUCAAAGACUUGAUAAAGGUUUGUUUGAAGGCCUUAAAAAAUUAAGACAUCUCCUGUUACAUUUGAAUGAGAUUAAGUUGAUUGAAGAGGAGACAUUUGACGGUCUUGACAACCUUUUAAUGCUCCAUUUGGGUAAAAACAAUCUCUCUGCUGUGUCAACUCACUGGUUCUCCAACCUAAACAAACUGGAGACAUUCCGACUUUAUGAGAAUCAGCUGACCACCAUUCCUGAAGACUUAUUUCAGAAUUUACCAAACCUUAAGGAAAUUGGCUUGCAUGGAAACCAGAUAGAAGAAUUACCUCCCAGUCUGUUUCCUCAUAAAAACAAACUGACUAAACUGUUUUUGGACAAUAAUCUCCUAACUACGUUUCCUGAGGGGUAUUUUGUUGGCUUCCCUCAGCUUAAAACACUGACAUUGAAGAAUAACAGGCUGAAAAGUUUGCCACCAGUGCUGUUUGGAGAAAUGCCCAAAUUGACUGAAUUAAGCCUCCAGCAAAACAAUCUCUCCAGUCUCCCUAAAGAAAUUUUUAGGCCUCUGAAGAAAAUCAGGAAGCUGGACCUGUCGAAGAAUAAAUUCAUCACCUUGUUCCCUGAAUACUUUGAAGGCCCAGAAAAGCUCACAGAACUGAAUCUACAGAACAACAUGAUAGAGUCGCUGAAUGAAGAUCUGUUUGAAAAGCUACAAUCACUAGCCACUCUCAAGCUUGCUCACAACAACCUCCAGACACUUCCUGGAGAUAUUUUUGAGCCAUUAGGAAAACUUAGGAAGCUUGACCUCAGUAACAACCCUUGGCUCUGCGACUGUAAUCUGAAAAACUUUCACAGCUGGAUAACUGGAAAUGCUGCAAAGCUCACGCCUCCUCCACUCUGUGAGUAUCCAGAAGAUUUGAAAGGGACGAAAAUACAGUCAUUAACAGAGGAUCAACUUAUUUGCCCAACAACUACACCCACGACCACCCCAACCACAACUACACCCACGACCACCCCAACCACAACUACACCAACAACUACACCAACUACUACACCCACGACCACCCCAACCACAACUACACCCACGACCCACGACCACCCCAACCACAACUACACCCACAACUACCCCAACGACUACUACACCCACGACCACCCCAACAACUGCUACACCCACGACCACCCCAACCACAACUACACCCACGACCACCCCAACGACUACUACACCCACAACCACCCAAACCACAACUACACCCACGACCACAACUACACCCACAACCACCCCAACCACAACUACAACCACAACCACCCCAACAACUACUACACCCACAACCACCCAAACCACAACUACACCCACGACCACAACUACACCCACAACCACCCCAACCACAACUACAACCACAACUACACCUACGACCACCCCAACGACCACUACACCCACAACCUCCACUACAUCCCUGACUACCACAACAACUACACCCACAACCACCCUAGAGCCUUUGCUGAAAACCCACAGCUUGAAAAGGUGGAGUUCAUAAACAGUAACAUAUCAUCCAUCGAGCUGGGAGCGUUCGAGGGACUGAAAAACCUGAAAAAUAUUGAGGUCUCCGGCAGCGAAUUAACUUCACUCCCAGUAGGUGUCUUUAACGACCUCAGCAACAUGGAGGAACUCGUACUCAAGUCUAACAAGCUUCAAAGACUUGAUAAAGGUUUGUUUGAAGGCCUUUGUUUAGGAAGUGUGCUGCGCCACGCCUCAGAUGUGAUGCAACAGACUUACAGCCUGCUGGCUGAUGUUGACAUAGUAAAAAUGUCCAGAGGCGAGAUCAUCGUUUUCUUUCUAUUUUUCAUGCCUGACUUUUCACUGGCUGAAACCCAACCAUGUGAAAUGGCGACUGACUGUCCCAAAGAGAACCAGGCAGUAUUUAGCUCAGCUACAGAAAUCCCACGCUCUCUCAGACCUAGAGUGACAGAAGUCUUUUUUUUGGAUAGCGACAUUACAACAAUACCAAAAGGAGCCUUUGCUGAAAACCCACAGCUUGAAAAGGUGGAGUUCAUAAACAGUAACAUAUCAUCCAUCGAGCUGGGAGCGUUCGAGGGACUGAAAAACCUGAAAAAUAUUGAGGUCUCCGGCAGCGAAUUAACUUCACUCCCAGUAGGUGUCUUUAACGACCUCAGCAACAUGGAGGAACUCGUACUCAAGUCUAACAAGCUUCAAAGACUUGAUAAAGGUUUGUUUGAAGGCCUUAAAAAAUUAAGACAUCUCCUGUUACAUUUGAAUGAGAUUAAGUUGAUUGAAGAGGAGACAUUUGACGGUCUUGACAACCUUUUAAUGCUCCAUUUGGGUAAAAACAAUCUCUCUGCUGUGUCAACUCACUGGUUCUCCAACCUAAACAAACUGGAGACAUUCCGACUUUAUGAGAAUCAGCUGACCACCAUUCCUGAAGACUUAUUUCAGAAUUUACCAAACCUUAAGGAAAUUGGCUUGCAUGGAAACCAGAUAGAAGAAUUACCUCCCAGUCUGUUUCCUCAUAAAAACAAACUGACUAAACUGUUUUUGGACAAUAAUCUCCUAACUACGUUUCCUGAGGGGUAUUUUGUUGGCUUCCCUCAGCUUAAAACACUGACAUUGAAGAAUAACAGGCUGAAAAGUUUGCCACCAGUGCUGUUUGGAGAAAUGCCCAAAUUGACUGAAUUAAGCCUCCAGCAAAACAAUCUCUCCAGUCUCCCUAAAGAAAUUUUUAGGCCUCUGAAGAAAAUCAGGAAGCUGGACCUGUCGAAGAAUAAAUUCAUCACCUUGUUCCCUGAAUACUUUGAAGGCCCAGAAAAGCUCACAGAACUGAAUCUACAGAACAACAUGAUAGAGUCGCUGAAUGAAGAUCUGUUUGAAAAGCUACAAUCACUAGCCACUCUCAAGCUUGCUCACAACAACCUCCAGACACUUCCUGGAGAUAUUUUUGAGCCAUUAGGAAAACUUAGGAAGCUUGACCUCAGUAACAACCCUUGGCUCUGCGACUGUAAUCUGAAAAACUUUCACAGCUGGAUAACUGGAAAUGCUGCAAAGCUCACGCCUCCUCCACUCUGUGAGUAUCCAGAAGAUUUGAAAGGGAUGGAAAUACACUCAUUAACAGAGGAUCAACUUAUUUGCCCAACAACUACACCCACGACCACCCCAACCACAACUACACCCACGACCACCCCAACCACAACUACACCAACAACUACACCCACAACUACACCAACUACUACACCCACGACAUGCUGCAAAGCUCACGCCUCCUCCACUCUGAGGAGAGCGGAACACAGGACUGCAGGACGCACGGGGUGUGCGUAGGCACAGGGGCAGAGAGCACGGGAUAUCAGCACUUAGGGGAAGACACGUCACGGGAGUCAAGGGAGCACUCUGGAGAUUUAUUGUGUGGUGUACAUUUAACUCACUGUAAAUAAAUGCACUGCUCAUUCCACUAA